AUGGCCGCUAUCAAGAGCAACGAUACAUGACGUCAUGGGAAACCAUGUAAGCAGUAAAACAAUUUUCUGCAGAUUACAAUUAGUUUUUAUUCUCAAUAAUGUUAACGCCACCAAACGAGGAAGAUGCUUUGGCAGAAAUAUAUUAUUUAACGCAGGAAACUACGAAAAAUUGGCGAAAGCUAUUAAAGUAUGGUGAAACAUUGGAAGUGGAAAUAAAAAGAAAAUUAUUAUGGUUGUGGCCAACGGAAAAGCACUUAUGGCAAAUCAAUAAAUUAUUAAGAGUAUACAAUAUUACAAAUGUUUUAAGCAUAGGCUGUGGUAAUGGUUUAUUUGAAUGGUUGCUACAAGAGGCUCUUAAUUUACAAGUUUAUGGUUUGGAAGUAGAUCGCCAGUGGUGGCUUAGUAAUUAUGCUAUUAAAUCAUUCAUACCUCUUAACUAUAUCGAGGAUAUGAGAAAAGACGAUGUUCCUGGUAGUUUUCUGCAAAAGUGUUGUGUUUCAAAUAGUUGGAAUUUUGCUUUAAUGUUUUGUUACUUUAAUAAUCGCUCGGCAUUUUUGGAAUAUUUAAAACUUUAUCAAGGCAAUUAUAUUAUAAUUAUCGGACCUUUAGAGAAUACCGAUAUUUACACAGAUCCUUUACCGUUAGAACCAAACUUUCCCGAAGAUACAACUGUAAAAUGGAUUUUAUUACAAACUCUACCCAUAGAAAAUAAUAUUUUAGUUUUAUAUGAGAAAAGUAUACAAAUACAAAACAAUUGUGAUAAAAUAUAAUAAAUACAAA